UUCAGCGCUUUCAAAAAUUUAUUGAUCGUGAAAACUGCUAUCCACCUCGCCGGGUGACGAAAUAUUCUCGCAAUUCGUCGAGUUUUUUCGAUGGCAUCUCUGACAAUAAGCAAAGAAAAGCCGGCUAUUGCCGCUGUGUUGUGCGCUCUGAAGUUGAAGGCCCUGGGCAAGAACGUACCAUGGCAGCUCGGAAAGAUGAAUGACCUUUCCUUGGAGGGGGCAAGUACUUUCAACAGCACAGCCUCGAUACUUCGCUAUCUGGGUCGGGCUUUUCCUGAAGCUUGUCUUCUUGGAGAGACAGUUUUAGAGAAAACUGAGGUUGAUCACUGGCUGUGUUUUGCCUGGGGCCGCCUGGCUUGCAGUACAGACUUUCAAGCAGCUGUGAAGUACCUUGACUCGGUGCUUGAACCUGUCACCUACCUGGUUGGGGGCCGACUGUCCGCCGCUGACCUGGCAGUGUGGGAGAACCUCUACUUGAGCAGUACCUGGCAGACCCUACUGGAGAAGGGCCAGGCCCCCGUGAACGUGCACCGUUACUACAAGUUCCUGCUCGCCCAGCCAGAGUUUCAGGAGACCGUGGACAUGUUUCCCUGUGCCCAGCCCCGGGCCACACCAGAGAGGAAACAAGCUGACUCUGGGGUGAAGAAGGAUGUGGGCAAGUUUGUGGAGCUGCCAGGGGCAGAGAUGGGCAAGGUCGUGGUGAGAUUCCCGCCUGAGGCCAGCGGGUUCCUGCACAUCGGCCACGCCAAGGCUGCCCUACUCAAUCAGUACUACCAGGAGGCAUUCAAAGGUGAACUGAUUAUGAGGUUUGAUGAUACCAACCCCGCCAAGGAGAACGAAGAGUUUGAGAAGGUGAUUUUGAAGGACGUUGAGAUGUUGGGUAUAAAGUACGACCGGUUCACGCACACGUCCGACCACUUUGACCGCCUCAUAGACCUGUGUGAGCGCAUGAUCAGGGAGGGCAAGGCAUACGUGGACGACACUGAGCCUGAACUCAUGAAGAAACAGAGGGAGGAACGGGUCAACUCCAAGAAUAGGGAUAAUAGUGUAGACAAGAACCUUGCCCUGUGGUCGGAGAUGAAGGCUGGGUCGGCCGCUGGACAGAGGUGCUGCGUGCGGGCCAAGAUCAGCAUGGCGCUGGACAAUGGCUGCAUGCGGGACCCAACUAUGUACCGGUGUAAGGUGGAGACCCAUCUGCACACAGGCAACAAGUACAAGACAUACCCUACAUAUGACUUUGCGUGCCCGAUAGUGGACAGCAUAGAGGGAGUAACCCACGCGUUGAGGACCACAGAGUACAAUGACCGCAAUGACCAGUACUACUGGUUCCUUGAUGCUCUAGGCAUGCGUAAGCCGUACAUCUACUCGUACAGUCGACUCAAUCUGCAGAACACCGUGCUGUCCAAGAGGAAACUUACCUGGUUUGUGGACCAGGGCCUUGUGGAUGGAUGGGAUGACCCCCGGUUCCCCACAGUACGGGGUGUGUUACGUCGUGGCAUGACUGUCGAGGGACUGAAGCAGUUCAUUGUGGCACAGGGAUCCUCCAAGUCUGUCAACAUGAUGGAGUGGGACAAAAUAUGGGCCGUAAACAAAAAGGUGAUAGACCCUGUGGUUCCCCGCUAUACAGCCCUACUGAAGAGUGAACUCGUGCUGGUGAAUGUGAAGGGAGCAGCAGACGGCUUCAAGGAGGUCCCCAAACACCCAAAGAAUGAAGCGGCGGGGAUGAAGAAAGUCUACCUGUCAGGUCGCCUGUACAUAGACGGUGCAGAUGCCAGCUUGCUGUCAGUCGGGGAGAUUGUCACGUUCAUCAACUGGGGCAACCUCAAGAUUACCAAGAUCAACAAAUCUGGUAACACCAUUACCUCCAUGGAUGCAGAUCUGAACCUGGAAAACACUGACUACAAGAAGACCCAGAAGAUCACAUGGUUGGCAGACACCAGUGCCGCUGAGUUUACCCCCACUGUGUGUGUCCACUAUGAGCACAUCAUCAGUAAGGCCAUCGUGGGCAAGGAUGAAGACUUUAAGGAGUUCAUCAACAGGGAGUCCAAGGCUGAGUACGAGAUGCUUGGAGACCCCUAUUUGGCUACCCUGAAGCAAGGGGACAUAAUCCAGCUACAGAGACGUGGCUACUACAUCUGCGAUCAGCCAUACCUUCCUGUCAGUCGGUACACAGGGAAGGCCAGCCCGUGCGUGCUGAUACUGGUGCCCGACGGACACACCAAGGAGAUGCCAACGUCGGGAUCCAAACAUAAAGAAGAGCCCAGCAAGGUUAGCAGGGAACCACAGAAGGAAGAGUCCAGCAAGAAGGAGAGAGCCCAGAGUCAGAAGGGCAAGGCAGCAGAGAAGUCUCCCCAGGAUGAGGUGGCCCGGCCUCUUGACACGCCCCCUGCCAAGCCCCCUUCUUCCACCCCCAGCCCCUCCCAGCUGUACGGUCAGGUGACAGAGCAGGGGGACAGGGUGAGGGACCUAAAGGCUGCCAAGGCUGAUAAGGCAGAGAUAGAUGCUGCAGUGAAGCUUCUGCUCUCAUUGAAAGCUGAGUACAAGACUGCUACAGGUCAGGACUGGAAACCAGGUCAGGCACCUGUAUCCAUAGCAACCAGCUCUGCAGGGUCUGCUGGUGACCUUGACAGCAAGAUCACUGCCCAGGGGGAAGCAGUCAGGGUGCUCAAGGCAAAUAAGGCAUCAAAGGCAGAGAUAGACGCUGCAGUGAAGGUUUUGCUAUCAUUGAAAGCUGAGUACAAGACUGCUACAGGUCAGGACUGGAAACCAGGUCAGGUUCCUGUAUCCAUAGCAACCAACUCUGUAACCACGGUAACCAGCUCUGCAGGGUCUGCUGGUGACCUUGACAGCAAGGUCACUGCCCAGGGGGAGGCAGUCAGGGUGCUCAAGGCCAAUAAGGCAUCAAAGGGAGAGAUAGAUGCUGCAGUGAAGCUUCUGCUCUCAUUGAAAGCUGAGUACAAGACUGCUACAGGUCAGGACUGGAAACCAGGUCAGGCACCUGUAUCCAUAGCAACCAUCUCUGUUACCACGGCAACCAGCUCUGUAACCACCAUAACCAGCGCUGCAGGGUCAGCUGGUGACCUUGACAGCAAGAUCACCGCCCAGGGGGAAAAAGUUAGGAUCCUCAAGAGCAAUAAAGCACCCAAGACAGAGAUUGACGCUGAAGUGAAGAAGCUUCUGGACCUAAAAGCGCAGUACAAGGCAGCCACAGGGCAGGAGUGGAAACCAGGUCAGGGCGGAGCGAGUCCACAGAAGGCGGGGCCUAAAUCAGCCCAGGAGGCAGGGCCAGUGUCUACGGAGGUGGGACCAGGCAUGGCGGCGACCCCUGCAGCGCUGGCCUUGAAGGAGAAGAUUGACGCCCAGGGACUCAAGGUCCGGGAUCUAAAGACGGCCAAAGCUGCCAAGGAUGAGGUAGACAAGGAGGUGGCCACUCUCCUGGCCCUGAAGGAGGAGUACAAGAAGCUGACUGGAGAGGAUCUGGCAGGAGGAGGUAAGCGCGACAACAAGGCCAAGGGGGACAAACCUGUCAAGGAAAAGGGAGACAAACCUGGAAAGGAAAAUAAACCACAGGGAAAGAAGCAGGAGAAGGCAGGAGAUGUGGAUAACAAGGAAACAGAGGAAGGGGGCGUUAAGAAACAGACAAGAUUGUGCCUGGAGGCCCGUAAGGAGGAGCAGCUCUCUGACUGGUACUCCCAGGUGAUCACCAAGUCCGAGAUGAUUGAGUACUACGACGUAAGCGGCUGCUACAUCCUGCGACCCUGGUCCUACAGCAUCUGGGAAGAGAUCAAGACCUUCUUUGACGGAGAGAUCAAGAAGCUCGGAGUAGAGAACUCGUACUUCCCGAUGUUUGUCUCGCACUCGGCUCUCGAGAAAGAGAAGACACACAUUGAAGAUUUUGCGCCUGAGGUUGCCUGGGUAACCAGAUCUGGCAAGUCUGAGCUGGCUGAGCCGAUAGCGAUCCGCCCCACCAGUGAGACGGUGAUGUACCCGGCGUUUGCCAAGUGGAUCAAGUCUCACAGAGAUCUGCCCUUGAAACUCAAUCAGUGGUGCAACGUUGUGCGUUGGGAGUUCAAGCACCCUCAGCCGUUCCUGCGUACCCGAGAGUUCCUGUGGCAGGAGGGUCACACAGCCUGGUCCGACCACAAGGAAGCCUGCGAUGAGGUGUACGCAAUACUGGAGCUUUAUGCCCGUGUGUAUGAGGAACUGCUGGCCAUCCCCGUGGUGAGAGGCCGCAAGACUGAGAAGGAGAAGUUUGCAGGGGACUUCACCACCACCGUGGAGGUGUACAUAUCAGCCAGUGGCAGGGCUAUACAGGGAGCCACGUCCCACCACCUGGGCCAGAACUUCUCCAAGAUGUUUGAGAUAGUGUUUGAGGACCCGGACACCCACGAGAAGAAGUACGUGUACCAGAACAGCUGGGGCCUCACCACCCGCACCCUGGGGGUCAUGUGUAUGGUGCACGGGGACAAUCAGGGGCUUGUGCUGCCACCUAGGGUCGCCUGUCAGCAGGUGGUGAUAGUGCCGUGUGGUAUCACAGCCUCUCUGUCAGAAGAGGAUGCCAGCAAGCUGAUGUCAGCCUGCGAGGCACUCAAGUCUACGCUGGAACAGGGAGGGGUUAGAGUGAAGGCAGAUCUCCGUGACAACUACUCCCCGGGCUGGAAGUUCAACCACUGGGAACUCAAGGGAGUUCCGCUGCGUGUAGAGCUGGGGCCCAGGGACAUCAAGCAGAACCAGAUCGUUAUCGUGCGACGAGACACAGGCGAAAAACUCACUAUCAAGAACGACGGCAUAGUGAAACAAGUUAAAGAUCUACUGGACCAGGUCCAGGCGGACAUGUUCAAAAGAGCGAAGGCUGACCUGGACAGAUACAUGACUGUGUCCCAUGGCUGGGACGAGUUGUGCAGUGGGCUGGAGGAGAAGAAGCUGAUCCAAGCCCCAUUCUGUGGAGACAUCCCUUGUGAGGAACGCAUCAAGAAGGACAGUGCUAGGGACGUGGUGGUGGAAGAGGGUGCCCCAGCCAUGGGAGCCAAGGGGCUGUGUAUCCCCUUCCAGCAGCCCAGGGAGCUGGCCCCGGGCACCAAGUGCAUCCACCCGGACUGUGGCAAGCCUGCGCAGUACUACACCCUGUUUGGCCGCAGCUACUAGAUACCCAACACACAGAGGGCGCAAUCUACUAAGUGCACCAUCCAAAUGUUGUGAAACUUUCAUUAAAGCCAUGUAGUUCUACAGUCUAUAUAGAUACUUAAUAUUUCACCCAAAUGAUAUUGACUUUCUAAUAGAAAAAGAAGAAGUUUUGUUCCGGUGAUUGUACAUCAUUAAAGAGUUUUUUCUACUGCGGUUUUAUUUAACAAUUGUGGAAUGUUACUAUGACAGAUAUUUAUCAUGUGUUUUGCUUGCAGUUUUCAUUUUUGUUUACGGCAAUAUCUCUUAAUCAGAAUAAAAUGUGGUUUUUUCUCUGUUCCAUAAUUAUGUAACCAAAGUUAUCAGCCCACAUAAGUAUUUCAUGUUCAAUCAUUGUUCUUUGUAUGUUUGUCUGUUAUGUUUUCAUUUGUAUACAUGUUUGUUUGAGACUGAAUGUGAAAGAGUUUUUACUUUAUUUUUAGUGCAAUGGAUAGAUUAAUCAUGAUGCAGAUUUAUUUUUAAACAAUCUUGCCAAGGUGUAUGGUUGAAUCUUGUGAAAUUUUGGGAUUUGUAGAUAUUUUGAAAUUAAAGUGCUUCUGACCUUAAAUCAGUUGAUUUUUUCGGUAAGGUUACAAAUUUAUUUAUUUUUACAAUUUCUUGUUCAACAUUUUGCUAAUGAUAUGUAGGAUUGAUACCAAUUGCAUAAAAAAAAGCAAAGAUCUGCUCAAAGAGUUUGUUUUGUGUAAUAAUUUGAUUAUCUCUGUCGGUAUGUCAUGUUUAUUAUAACUUAAAAGAAAACAAGACCAUCAUAAUGUGUUUGAACUGUUCUCCAAAUGUAUGUUAGAAAUAAUAUUUGUUAGGGGCUUGCUGUGUUAUUAAUUCUUCUUUAUUAUUUUAUAAUAGAUAUUGGUGGGGUAAAAGUACACAUGUAGAUUUGUAGGAAUUACUUGAUUGCUCUCCCAUCAAAUGGCUUUAUUUAUUUGAUUGCAUUAUUAGCAUUAUUUGCUAAAAUAAAACUUGACUUCUUA